AGUUGACAGUUCUUUCCGCCCGCUAAGAGGACUGUGUGAAGUUUUGAGAAGUUACCGAGUACUGGGGGAAGGCGACUGCAAAGGCCAUGGCGACCAGAGAGAGUGGCGGAGAGAACCUAGAAUCGUGGUUGAACAAGGCCACAGACCCGUCUAACUCAGAAGACAGGUGGGACUGUAUCCAGGGCUUCUAUGAACAGGUCAACCAGGAGGCUGAUGGUCCUCAGGUUGCCACUCGUCUCCUGGCCCACAAGAUCCAGUCUCCUCAGCAGAGAGAGGCCCUGCAGGCCCUCACAGUUCUAGAAGCCUGCAUGAACAACUGUGGCAAGAGGUUCCACAGUGAGGCGGCAAAGUUCCGCUUCCUCAAUGAACUCAUCAAAGUCCUGUCUCCAAAGUUCCUGGGUCAGUGGAGUGGUGUGGAGGUGAAGCUGAGGGUGACGGAGGUUCUGUACAGCUGGACUUUGUGGCUCAAAGAAGAACCCAAGAUUCAGGAGGCCUACCGCAUGCUUAAGAAACAAGGCCUUGUGAAGAAGGACCCUAAACUCCCAGACACCAUUGUGAUGCCUCCUCCCUCACAGAGAGCUGAGGACUCUGUGUUCAACCAGGAGGACAAGGCCAAGUUGUUAGCCACACUCCUGAAGAGCAGUAGUCCUGAAGAUCUGCAGACAGCCAACAGACUGAUCAAGAACACCAUCAAAGAAGAGCAGCAGAAAGCAGAGCUUGUAUCUAGACGUGUCUCUACCCUGGAGGAGGUCGCUAGCAGAACCAGACAGCUGAGAGAGUUACUACAGCAACACUGUCUCACUGGGCCCUCCACACACCACACUGCCCACCUGAAGGCCCUCUACGGGAGCUGUGAUAGGCUCAGACCCAACCUUUUCCGAUUGGCCAGUGACACCGUCGACGAUGACGAAGCUUUAGCUCAGAUCCUGCGGGCCAAUGAUGAGCUGACCCUGGUGGUCAACAUGUAUAAAGAUAUGAUGGGGGGGAGAGAGAGCAACAGGAUGAGAGGAGGAGGAGGAGAGAGCUCCAUAAACAACGGUCCCAGCAGCCCCAGAGAGAUAAAGAGUUACCAUCUAAUAGACCUGUCCGCCCUGGACUCUCCACAGACACGUAGACCACCUUCUAAAGACAUGUCUUCCUCCGUCUCACCUCCCCACCACGUCUCCUCCUUCCUGUCCUCCUCCUCCUCUACCCCGCAGCCUCGGCUUGGCACCCCUCCUCCCUCCUCUUCCUCCCCUCCCUCCUCUUCCUCCCCUCCCUCCUCUUCCUCCCCUCCCUCCUCUCCUCUCUCCCGUCAACGGCUCAACAGUACUCGCCUAUCUCUAAUCGAUCUGGACGUGACAGGGCUGGAUAAACCAGCAUCGUCUCAAAGCCAGAGCAGCACGUACUACCAGGAUCUACUCCAGAUGAGAGGAGGAGAGGAGAACACAGGGAGAGACCAUUCCCUGACCACGUGGGGGUGUGGAGGGAGAGACCACCCACUGGUGGCCCGGGGUUGCGGCAGCGGCUCGUCAAAUGGGACUGACUGGGCGUUCCUUCAGAAUCGUCCAAUUGUGAUGUCAGGAUCACCAUCAAACUCACGGAGUCAGCCAAUGACAGAGUCAGGAUCUCCAGUGAAAUCAGAGAGUUUCAAUCUCCCAGAAUCCUUAGCAGAGAUCCACGUCCCGCUGGAAUCCAUUAAACCAAGUCGAUUGGAGCCGAUCACAGUGUACGACCAGAAUGGCGUCCAUGUUUCCCUCCAUUUUGCCAAAGACCCGCCCCCGGGACACCCUAACGUUGCUGUGGUUAUCGUCUCCACGGUGAACACCUCCGCACUUCCUGUUAAAGACAUCCUGUUUCAGGCUGCCGUUCCCAAGACCAUGACAGUGAAGCUCCAGCCGUCUUCAGGGAAUGACCUCCCCUCCUACAACCCUCUGCUGCCCCCUGCUGCCCUCUCACAGAUACUGCUCCUCUCCAACCCACACAGGUGUAAGGUACGUCUGCGCUACAAGCUGACCCUGGUCCACGGUGAUGGAGAGCAGAGCCUCAGUGAGAUGGGAGAGGUGGAGGACUUCCCUGACUGGGUCUCCUGGAUGGGCCUCUGAUCUGAGAGAACCCUGCAUGGAAUUCUAGAACCUGACAGAGAGAGAGAGAGACAUUCUAGAACCUGAGAGAGAGAGACAUUCUAGAACCUGACAGAGAAAUAUUCUGGUACCUGAUAGAGAGAGGUUCUGCAGCAGAAUGUGGAACCCUCUGCGAUUGCUGCCUUGACUGCCAUGAUGUCAUGUAGUUGGUCAUGUGAUCUGUGAUGCGUGUGUAUUUACUUUUGAUAUGCGGUCAUCCUUGGAGGUUCUUAAAAACUGAUAUUUAUUUAGUAUUUGAAGUAGGCUCUGGGAGACCAGUCUAGUGUUAGAUGUGGGUGUGUCCAUGUGUGUGUUCUUUUGUUUGUCUGAUUGACCCGGCUUUGCCAACGCCAUGCCAAAUGACCCACCUGGGUUACGUUUCUCCACCUUUUUAUACCAAACUAGACCAGGUGAACCAGGUGCCUCUGCUACUGACCUGUUGUUCACCUGGCUCCUGUGUGAGCUGCUUGUUGUGUUUUUGUUCAUCGUCUGAUUGAUUGAUUGAUUGAUUGAUUGAUUGAUUGAUUGAUUGAUUGAUGCCUCAGAUACUACACUCUGACAUCUGUGAUCAAUAAAACAAAGAAUGCUGUUCUUA